AUGCUUGAGGAGGAGGAGGCAGCUCGGGGAGAUGGAGCAGCGAGCUGGAGCACGGAGCGCCGUGAGGGCAGCUUGCGAGCCGGGGGGGAGGGAAAGCGAGCCAGCGAGCACCAGGAGGAGGUGGCUGACGAGACCUCAGAAAAAGAACAGCAAGAAGCAAUUGAACAUAUUGAUGAAGUACAAAAUGAAAUAGACAGACUUAACGAACAAGCCAUGUCUGCACUGCUUGGGGAGGAGGAUGAAGAGGCACUGCAUUAUUUGACAAGAGUCGAAGUGACAGAAUUUGAAGAUAUUAAAUCAGGUUACAGAAUAGAUUCUUAUUUUGAUGAAAACCCUUACUUUGAAAAUAAAGUUCUCUCCAAAGAAUUUCAUCUGAAUGAGAGUGGUGAUCCAUCUUCAAAGUCCACUGAAAUCAAAUGGAAAUCCAGAAAGGGUCUGACAAAACGUUCAAGUCAAACGCAGAAUAAAGCCAGCAGGAAGAGACAGCAUGAGGAACCAGAAAGCUUCUUCACCUGGUUUACUGAUCAUUCUGAUGCAGGUGCAGAUGAGUUAGGAGAGGUCAUCAAAGAUGAUAUUUGGCCAAAUCCAUUACAGUAUUACUUGGUCCCGGACAUAGAUGAUGAGGAAGAAGAAGAAGAUGAUGAUGAUGAUGAGGAAGAAAGAUUGGAAGAUAUUGAUGAAGAAGGGGAUGAGGAUGAAGGUGAAGAAGAUGAAGAUGAUGAUGAGGGGGAGGAAGGAGAGGAAGAUGAAGGAGAAGAUGACUAAUGGAACACUGAUGGGUUCUGACCUUCCUUUUUAAAUUUUCUCCAGUCCCUGGGAGCAAGUUGCAGUCUU